UACCACUGGUCAAAAUAGGGAUACCGUACCACUGGUUAAAACAGGGAUACCGUACCACUGGUCAAAACAGGGAUACCGUACCACUGGUUAAAACAGGGAUACCGUACCACUGGUCAAAACAGGGAUACCGUACCACUGGUCAAAACAGGGAUACCGUACCACUGGUCAAAACAGGGAUACCGUACCACUGGUCAAAACAGGGAUACCGUACCACUGGUCAAAACAGGGAUACCGUACCACUGGUCAAAACAGGGAUACCGUGUCACUGGUCAAAACAGGGAUACCGUACCACUGGUCAAAACAGGGAUACCGUGUCACUGGUCAAAGCAUCUAAAUGAAAAGAUCAUCGUCCAGGGAACACCUGACCAGUAAUGGCAGUAAGAACUACGGCACCGAUCACCAUGUGGUGGACGUCAGGACUUCUAGGGCUGGGUCGACUAUCACCGCUCACAACAUUUGUUAUAGCGUCGACAUUCCGUCCAGACCGUGCUGUGGAUCUAUGGUGAAAAAGGAAAUCCUAAAAAACAUUGAUGGCGUCUUCAAACCUGGAAUGAAUGCCAUACUUGGGCCAACUGGAAGUGGAAAAUCAUCGUUACUGGAUGUUCUGGCAGGGAGGAAGGACCCCACUGGUCUGACGGGCGAUAUAUUAAUUGAUGGUGCACCCCCACCCGAUAACUACAAGUGUAUGGUGGGAUAUGUAGUACAGGAUGAUGUUGUCAUGGGCACUUUGUCUGUGAAGGAGAACUUCCAUUUCUCCGCGGCUCUUCGCCUAAACAAGUCUGUCAGUCAGCGCGAAAGGAACGAGCGGGUAGAGAAUGUCAUCCAGGAACUAGGACUUACACAUUGUGCAGACACAAAGGUGGGAAAUGAAUUCAUCCGUGGAGUGUCUGGUGGAGAGAGAAAGAGAACUAACAUUGGCAUGGAGUUAAUCAUCUCCCCUCCUGUUCUCUUCCUGGAUGAGCCAACCACAGGACUUGAUUCCAACACGGCCAAUUCUGUCAUGCUUUUGCUACGCAGAUUGGCCCUAAAGGGACGCACCAUUAUAUUUUCCAUUCACCAGCCUCGCUUUUCCAUCUACCGUCUAUUUGACGGACUCAUGCUCCUGUCCCUAGGUGAAACUGUGUACCAUGGCGAAUCUCAUGAAUCACUUGAACACUUCCAGUCAUUAGGUUAUACAAUAGAGGAGCAUAACAAUCCUCCAGACUUUUUCCUGGAUGUCAUCAAUGGAGAUCUGUCUAUGGCUAGUAUAUCUGACGACCUCCUGCAAAAAGACGAUCAACUCAGUAUAAUUAACACAAGUGGCAAAGGGCCUGAUGCUGGUGUUGGGAAUACUAAUACACAUGACAAGCUUGUACAAGGCUACAAGAAAUCACGUUGGUACCAAAGCAUCAAGUCAUAUGUAGAGCCAAUCCACAAUUCUUAUCUGGAGAAAAAACAAGCUGGAACAGUUGUGAGGAUGCCCAAAGUGGAGUAUGCGACCUCGUUCUUAACACAGUUUUCUGUAGUGUCUCAAAGGACGAUGAAGAAUUUGAUUCGGAACCCACAGACAUCAAUAAUGCAGGUGAUGGUGAUGGUGGUGUUUGGGGCCAUUGUUGGUGCUAUCUACUGGCAGAUUGAUGAUGACUGUACUUCAGGCAUCCAGAAUAGGGUGGGAGUAUUCUUCUUUGUGGUGAUGAACCAGGUGUUUGGAAACCUGUCUGCUGUAGAACUCUUCAUCAAAGAGAGAGCAAUCUUCAUGCAUGAGAAUGUGAGCGGCUUCUACAGAGUGUCAUCCUAUUUCUGCUCCAAGAUAUUCUGUGAUGUGGUCCCGAUGAGGCUGAUACCUGUGUCAAUAUUUGCAGUCAUCACCUAUUUCAUGAUAGGCCUACAGGUAGAUGUGGGAAAGUUCUUCCUGUACUUGCUCAGUCUGUUCCUUGUCACCCUCUCUGCGUCGGGCUUCGCCUUCUUCUUCAGUGCAUCUGUCAGGAUAUUUGCCGUCGCCAAUCUCUGUAUUGCUCUCUGUUAUGUCUUCAUGAUGGUUUUCGGAGGGCUGCUGGUGAACCUAGACUCCAUCGCUGACUGGCUGGAGUGGAUCAAGUGGUUCAGCAUCUUCAGAUACGGUUUGAAUGCUUUGUUAGUGAAUGAAUUGAAAGAUUUGAACCUCUACAACAAAACAACAGGACAGAUUUGUGGUACUGGGAUGGAGGAGUUAAUUCGGCAGGGCAUUGAAUUUGAGAGCGACUGGGACUUGUACCAUAACUAUGUUGCCCUCUUCUGUAUAGCGUUCAUACUACUCUUCUUCUCCUACAUACAAUUACUUCGUGUGAAGAAACUCAAAUAGGCUGGAACAAACAGGGCUUUAUCGGUGUAUGUUUACGAUAGUAAAGUAAGAUUCCAUGUCAACUGUUAUACAAAUUUUCAACAGUUUUCUAAUUCUGGUGUCAAUCAUAUGAUUACAUGUACAAGCGAGCAGCCAGGUUUUGCUGUCCUGUGACCUGAUGUCCAGCAGGUUUCGCUGUGCUGUGACCUGAUGUCCAGCAGAUUUUGCUGUCCUGUGACCUGAUGUCCUGUUAUAUCUUAUGUUGUGUAAUGAUAUCCUAUAACUACAGCAGAUCCACAACUAAACCCUAACUUGAUUGACCAGCAUUCAGAUCAAAAUAUCAGUUUAUUCUGUUUGUAAAUUGUUAAAACAGGCAUAGCAGGAUUUCUGUACAGCCAUGGUAGAGUAUGAUCUAUCCGAGAGAUGUAAGUGUUCCAUACCCUGCCAUGGCGAUAAUGGAAGAGUAGACUAGCAGUACUCAUAGCCUUUAAAGUGUCUACCAAGAUAUAAGAAGAGUGUUAUAUAUCCUUUUUGUCCACAAUAUAUGUAUAAGCCGGCCACCACUGGCCAUGUAGCCGUCUAUCAUUAACAUGAUUGUCCUAGUUUGACAGCGUCAUUGGUGAGUCAUAGAGGUAGGCAAUCAAAACACACUACUAAUAGAUACAGAGUUGAUAUUUUAAUUGUGAAUGUUUUAUACAAAUGAGCUCAAUAUACAAUGCCUUCAUGACACAAUCUGUGAUAUCUUUCGUGUUAAUUUACUUUACUGUUUUAACCAACAGUGUCCUUUUUCUAUUGUUGAUUUCCGUGAUUCUUGCCAAAGAUGUGGUUAGAUGGACAGGGAAGUGCUAAUUAGUGCUCCAUUACAUAAAUAAAUCAAUAGAACUCAUUCCUAUAUAGUAUACUUGAGGAGUAAUCAUAUCAUUGUGGUUUAGAGAAUUGACAUGUUGAGUGCAUUUUGUAUUUAUAUUUAAAGUUUUAUAAUAUGAAGGUAUUAGAUGAGUGGUUAUACUGGGUAUUUUAUAACCAGCCUUGCCAUCCUCACUUAUUAUGUUAGUGAUUAAAGUGUACACCUUGUUUGUAUAUUAGUGAUUAUAGUAUACAGUCCGUUAUGUUAUUUCCAUGUGUUAUCCAGAACCUCUUUAUCUUAAUGUUUUGCUUAUUAUUUGUUGUAAUUGUUAAGACCAAAGGUGUUCAAGAAAUCGAUAAGAAUCGGAUAAAAGAAGCUCGUUUUUUCACAUGUUUUUGUUAUCAGUUAUACUCCAUUUCUGAUAGUUACAUGUAAUAUAGACACAUUCAAUUUGUAGAAAACGCAUUGGCAAAUACAAAGCUGCAAACAAAUGUAACCAGAUAUCUGUAGUCGCCAACACGUAACCAGAUAUCUAUAGUCGUCAACACUAACCAGAUAUCUGUAGUCGCCAACACGUGACUAGAUAUCUAGUCGCCAACACGUGACUUGAUAUCUGUAGUCGCCAUCACGUUACCAGAUACCUGCAGUCGCUAACUGCUUAGUCGCUUGGCUUGAGCUGCAUUAGUAACCUAGCAGUAUCACUAGAACAGACUAGAGCUCUCCACCUCCCGUAUUUCCUUCAUCCCAAACUAUUGACCAGAACAGGACUCCUCUUUUCCUUUACCUAGAAGGGUCAAAUCUUGAAAUGAUUUAUUCAGGGUUAAGGUCAUUGUUCAUUGUAUGACUUAUGUUGUAGAUGACCUAAAAGGUUAAAAACGUUUAUCUAAUACAUGUUAUUGUUGUCCACGCCAAAUUCCAGACAUAUGUCUCUAUCAUCAAGGUACAAACGCGAUUGGAUAAUUUGCUAAUCGUCCGUUUGAGUGGCGGGGCAUGAAUUGUUAACACUUGUCUGUAUUUAUUGUAGAUACCCUUAUAAAGUGUUGAGUGUCCUGGGGGAUUCUUAUUCUAAAAGACAUUAUACGGAGAAAAGCUUUAACAAGCCAUCAUUUGUUAAUUUUGUAUAUGGCUAUUUGACCGCUGGGACUCGUCAACACCAGCACGAGCAAGAUGGCACGACGGCAAACGAUUUAAUAGCAAGAACAUUUAAAGUUUUUUUUUCUGCGGUUGGUUUUAAAAAAGAGCUCGUUUUCCAGUCAGAAGAAUGAGGGAAAUUUGCCUCUGGACCCAGGGGGAGGUUUAUAUCACUACUAACAUUAGUAUCAUAAUCUAAUAAACUGGUAAUAGAUUAUUUAAAAUUAAUGAUUCAUUUUAGGGUUGUUUUGUUCUUCUGAUCAACAAAACCGUUAUCCAAUUGAAUUUCGCCAGUACGCAUUGUACAAAGAAACAAAUGAACAACACCUUAAAUAUGAGUUAAGUAAUAUAUUAUACAAUGUAAACGUUUAUGCUAAAUAUUGAACCGAGAAAAUCACCACACAGCUGUAUUGUCGUAGGAUUUGUCAGUGAGGCUUGGGGACAAAACUGUUGAAAUCCAGAACUUAAGCCAGGAAAUACAAAAAUAAACAACAGAUAUUACAAUUUAGGAAAGAGGCGUCUUAGCCACAGAGUGUGUACAUGUUUAAAGGUUCUUCUGAUAUGUGUUAAUUAUGUUUCGAUAUUUUAAUUAAAAUUUCUAUUUCCAUUACCGUUA